UUGAAUUGAGAGAGUGGAGAGAACAGAGAUCUAGUGAAUAGAGAAACAGUAUCUUUCUCUGUCUCUGUUUCUGUUUCCCUUCUUACUGUCAGAAGCAGCACUGUUACACUACCCUGCAACUGCAGUUCUUAACCCCAAUCCUUCAUCCAACUCAACCUACUGUCUUUACCAGGUUCCACAUCGCUUGAGCUUCCUUUCGGAUGUGUCAAAGCUUCUUCUUCUGCUCAAGAGAGUAGUUUGCAUGAGGUGAUUUUGUUGGAUUUGGAGAAUAUGGGGAGAGGCAGAGGAAAGGGUAAAAAGUUAAGUGUUAGCAAUGAAGAAGAUGGUGUUAUAAGUGGUGAGGAAGAGAGGGUUCCAAAGCAAAAAAGAAGAGGAAGGCCACAAAAAGUGUUGAAGGAUGAGUUUGAUGAAGAAGAAAUUGAAGAAAUGGAAGAGGAUGGUAGUGGUGACAGCAUGAAGAAUGUAGUGAAGAAUCCCAACAGCACAAAACAAGGAAGGAAAAAAAAACGAAAUUAUGAGGAGAAAGUAGAAGCAGGUGAGGAGAAAAGUGGGGUUAGAAUUGGAUCAAACAUCGAUGGCUUGACAAAGUGUAAUGGAUUUAGACAGAAUGGAAGCAGGCGAAAAAGUAAGCCUCGACGAGCUGCAGAAGCUGGUGUGCUGUGUAAGCAAGACUAUGCUUGAAACCUUUCUUUCUUCUCAUUUCUUUCAUUUUUUAUUUUGGUUUGAAGGAUUCAUUGCUGUUAUUUUCCUAUUUAUAUUUUGAGAUUGAAUCUGGAAAUUUACUGCCAUGCUUGUAGGUUUCUCUGUUAAAAUGUAAUUUUUGGUUUCUGCUAUGGAAACAACUGUUUGUAGCUCAUUCCAAUUACAAGUCCUUAGGCUAUUCUA